AAUAAGUGUAUAAUUUAGUGGCGUAUAAAAAGUUAUCAAUCCCUGGAUUAAACACUUCAAUUGAUCAACAGAAGCUUUACAAAUUCUGAAAGUCUAAUUGUGUCAAAGAGAUCUUUAAUUUGUAUUCUUUGAAAAUCUGGGUAGAAAUCGUGAAAAAUGCUAGAUAGUUGGCAGAAUUGGUGUCGAUUGUGUGCGAAAAUAGACGCCACCGGUGCAGAUACAGUCUACAAAAUGGAAACUUUCAGAGAUCAACUGGAAAUUGUCAACAAAUACUUCAUGCUCUCGUUAUUGCCUUUCGAGGACUCUCAGUCUUUAAUGUGCAAUGAAUGCUGUGGUUUUCUCACAAGACUUGAAGAGUUUGGCGAUCGUUGUCAGAAAGCAGAUCAAAUGUUCAGAGAAUUGAUACAAAAGGACAUCGUUUUAGACUCUGAUCUCCAAUCCAUUCGUCUCAAAUAUGGUGUGGAUAAUGAGGAAAUGAAAUACAGUGCAAUUCUUUCGCAAGAUCAAAAUAAUGCGCCAAAGGCUGGACCGAGUUCAGAUCCACUUGAUCCGGAAAUGAGAAAUUCCUUGGCUGUAAAGGAAGAAGAACCGGAAAUCAUAUCUGCAACAGUGCCGAGGAAACGUGGAAGACCCAGAAAAUCUGAUCAACAGAAAGCUCGUCCGCCUAAAGUGAAAGAGAAAAUCAAGGAAGAAUGUGUGACAGAGAAAUCAGAUGAUUGCGAUGAGAAAUCAGAGGACAGAGAUGAAGGAUCAGAGGACGAAAUGCAGGAUUACUUGCAGGACACAGCAUCGGACGAUGAAGAAGCGCCAAUUAAGAGAAAGCGAAGAGGUCCAAGACCAGCCAAAACGAGAGAAAAUGUCUGUGAAAUCUGCUCGAAAGUGUACAGCCGAAGAGCUCUGCUCAAUGUUCACAUUCGCGACAAGCACACGAAAGAAGGCCUGCCAUACGGAUGCACUCUCUGUCCUAAGCGCUUCAUCACGGAAAAGAAGUUGAGAGUCCACGAAACCAUCCAUCUUCCGGAGGAGGAGAAAUACAUAAUCCCAUGUCCUCAGUGCGGCAAGAAGUUCAGAACGGUGGAGAAUAUGCAGAAUCACGUGCGAGUGAUGCACAUAGGGAACAAACCCUUCAUCUGCGAAGAGUGUGGCAAAUCAUUCCGCAAGAGGAGCGUUCUGGCUGCCCAUCAGGUCACUCACAGCGACGAUCGCAUCUUCCAGUGCUCCUUCUGCUCGAAAAAGUUCAAAACGCGACAGGCUCUGAAACGCCACGAGGACAUCCACGACGGCACCACAUACGACUGUCCGCACUGCGACCUGAAACUGAACACCAGAAGGACACUCAGCAUGCACAUGCUGGUGCACUCGGACGUGAAGAAGUACAAGUGCCACUACUGUGGCAACGAGUACAAGCGCGCCAAGACAUUCAAGGAUCAUUUGUAUUUGCACACGGGGCAGCGCCCCUACGAGUGUCCCUUUUGCGAUAAGACCUUCGCGAGUGGAGCGAAUUGCAGGAGUCACAAGAAGAAAGCUCACCCUGCCGAAUUGGCGGCUCUGGAAGCGUCUGGUAUGCCUACCAGGAUAACGCACUUGCCCAAGCCAACAACUUCAAUGCCUCUGAUGUGGUUCAAAAUGCUGGGAAAUUGGCAAAAUUGGUGUCGAUUGUGUGCAAAAAUUAACUUCUCAAACUGUGAUGGAAUAUUCAAGAUAGAAUCAAUGAAAGAUCAAUUGGAAAUAGUUAAUAAGUAUUUCAUGCUGGCCCUUAUUCCUUUGGAAGGAAUGCAAUUGUCCAUGUGCAAUGAAUGCUGUAGUUUCCUGACCAAACUUGAGGAAUUCGGCGAUAAGUGCUCCAAAGCUGAUCAAAUGUUUAGAGAAUUGAUCCUGAAUAACUCUCCUUCAGACUCCGAUCUUCAGUCCAUUCGCUUCAAGUACGGAGUUGAUGCAGAAGAAAUUAAAUACAGUACUUUCCUUGCGGAAUCUCAGAGUGAUGAUGAUUCUAAACUAGACACCAACACCACCCUUGUGGACCUUUGUCCGGAUCCUUUAGAUGUGCAAAUCAGAGUCAAGAAUGAAGUUCUUGAACUUGAAGCACCGCCAGUGCCGAAAAAACGUGGAAGACCGAAGAGAUUAGACCAGGAACAUUAUUCUCAACAAUCAGUCGCCAAGUUGGAAUCUCGGAGAAGUAAAUGCAAUUAUAAUGAAAUGAGGUCGGAUGAAGAAACUGGCGAGCCAUCGAAGAAUCGCAAAAGAGUGAAAGAAAAGCCAUGUGUUUGCGAAGUUUGCUCCAAAGUCUACAGUCGUCGGUAUCUUCUGAAGAUUCACUUUCGCGAAAAGCACUCGAAGGAAGAACUGCCUUUUGUUUGUUCAAAAUGUCCCCGCAGAUUUGCCACCAACAAGAAACUGAAAGUGCACGAGAUUACUCACUUGUCUGACGAGGAGAAGUACAUCUAUCCUUGUCCGCAUUGCGGAAAGAAGUUUGGCGCCAAGGAGAACAUGCAAACUCACAUCCGAAUCAUUCACAUCGGCAGCAAGACGUUCAUCUGCGAAGAAUGCGGCAAAACAUUCCGCAAGAAGUGCCAACUGACCGCUCAUCAGAUCACUCACAGUGACGAUCGCACUUUCCAGUGCUCCUUCUGCCCUAAGAAGUUCAAGGAUCGCCUGGCAUUGAAGAGACACGAGGACAUUCACGGAGACACGAUUUAUGAAUGCAAAGAGUGCGGAGCGAAACUCAACACGAAGAGAACUCUCAGGCUUCACAUGGUCAUUCAUUCAGAUGUGAAGAAGUAUAAAUGCAAUUACUGCGGAAAUGAGUACAAACGUGCCAAUACUUUACGAGAUCACCUUAUUCUGCACACUGGUCGGCGUCCUUAUGAGUGUCCAUUCUGUGAUAAAGCAUUUGCCAACAGUUCAAACUGUUUGAGCCAUAAAAGAAAGGCUCAUCCUGCUGAGAUGACAGCUUUAGAAGCGUCUGCAGCUCAAUCUAGAAGUGAAAAUCUUCAACCAAAAUAAUGUGAAUUUAUUUAGUCUUCAUGUAAUAGUUGAAAGCCGCUGGCUAAACAAUUCAGCACUGUGUGAAGUAUCUCAAUUGUAAAUGGAAAAGUGUCAAAAGAAUGCGAAGACUCAUUAAAAUGUCUAAUUUUUAGAUUUAC